CACACUAUGAAGAACGUGUGUGGUCUGUCAGUGUGUCCACGGCGGUCGGUAACGACGGGUCCCUUGGACCAUUCCAAUUUUAAAAUUUUUAAAUCGUGUUUUCAUUCGCGAAUGUUGUUGAGUGUAGGUGUUUUUUUUUAAUUAAAAAGAAAUAAGGAAACACAUGACACCAAUAUCGUCGACGUGAAAUGCAGAACAUAUCCAGGUCACAUCCGAGAUAAAAUGUCAGAGAAAUACGAGGUUACAAUGACAGAUAGCGCCGUGAUUACGAAGCAACGGGUUUCGCCCUUUUUCAGACAGCUGUUGGCGGUGAGCGGUGUCGUGUUGUACAUGAUUGGUACUGGCGCCAACAUCGCUUACCCUGGAGUCCUGCUGCAACAGCUGCGGCAACCAGACUCAGCUGUUCAUCUGACACCAGAACAUGAGUCAUGGAUCGCAUCAAUCUUAGGCCUAGCUCUUAUAUCCGGCAUCAUCGUGGCACCGUUCUGUCUGCAGAAGUUGGGGCGACGUCUUACUAACCAGCUGAGCACUCUUCCCGCCCUCGCUGGGUGGGCCUUGCUGGUGGCCGCCAAGGGACCUACAGCACUACUGAUGAGCAGGUCCUUGCAGGGCUUCGGCAUGGGCAUCCAAGCAGCCGCCGCACCUGUUUCCAUCGCUGAGUACUCUGCCCCAAAACACAGAGGAGCCUUCCUCGCAACUAUUGCGUUUUCAUUCGCAACCGGUAUGCUGGUUGCUCACAUCUUCGGUACCUUACUGUACUGGAGAACGGCAGCUUUAGCCUGUGGUUCUUUUUAUGUGGUAUCUCUCGUCUUAAUCUCGUUAUCACCUGAAACACCACCAUUCCUCGCGACGAAAGGCAGAUUCAGUGAAUGCCGUAAAGCAUUUCGAUGGUUAAGAGGGCAGGAUGAUGACGCUGAGAAGGAACUAGAAGUUCUCCUGAAUAGCCAAAAACAUAAAGAUAGUGAAACACCAAAAGCAUCAAAGAUAAAAAUGUAUUCUCAGAUCAUUAUGAAGCCGGAAUUUUACAAGCCAACUGUGAUCAUGAUGUUCAUGUUCGUACUUUUCCAGAUAUCUGGAAUGACUGUGGUACCAUCUUAUACGGUACCAAUGAUGGCGGAAGUUACAGAUGGUACCAUAGAAUCUUACACGAGUAUGCUGAUGGUUGAUUUUGUCAGGUUCGCUACAGCAGUGUUGGCGUGUAUCGUCGUCAACAAGCUGAAUCGACGCACAGUGCUUUUCAUGGGAAUUUAUAUCAGCGUAGCUUCAUUAUUUUUGACUUCUCUUCUAUUAUAUUUAAGGGAUUUUGGAUAUAUAGCUGACGAAUACAAAUGGACGCCUGUAGUGCCUACCUUGUUUUAUAUAUUUGGAAAAACAUUGGGAAUUCUGCCCAUACCUUGGGCAAUCGCUGGAGAAAUAUUUCCCUUAGCGUACAGAUCUCUUGGAAGCGGAAUUUCGGGAAUGUUUCUUUCCAUAAUGUUUUUCGUUGUGGUAAAAACUGCACCCACAUCUUUCAGACAGAUUGGAGUCAAAGGAACAUUUUGCGUUUAUGGAAUAAGUAUAGCUAUUUGUGGUGCUUUCUUAUUUUAUCUUUUACCUGAGACUAAGGGAAAAACUCUAUACGAAAUCGAAAGUUACUUUAAGGGACAUAAAGAAAAAACGGGAAAGGUAGGAAAGGAAGUUAGUGAAAAAGAUCGAAUUUUAGAUUUGGAGAAAGUGGAAGAGGGUUGAUAGGGCGAAUGUAAUAUUUAGGAGACGCCUUCCAGCUUUAAGCAGCUGGCCCUGUAGUUAGGAGGAAUAUCUUAUGAAGACUAAAAGUUUAAUUUAUUGCCCAAUUAGCUGAAACAAGGAUCCAUUGAUAUUAUUACAAAAUUCCCUUGAUGUUAAAAUGCAAUAAAAAUGCAAUAAAUGCAA